AUGAGGAGUACAAGGACGAAUUCUUUCAAAUCGAAAUUUAAGAACACACAAGAAACAGUGUUGAAUCUAGAUGAAGACGAUGAUGAUUUCAUCGCUCCACCUAUAGGGUUGGUAGUGUUGGAUAUCAACAUUGUGUCUAUGGGUUUUGGUUCACUUCUGAACAUUGACAUGGACACUGCUUCGGGGUUACUUAACUACUAUCUAUUAGAUCACUAUGAUCCAGAUAGUAGUCGUCUAGUUCUAGAGAACAUGGUCAUAACAAUUAUGAAAGACACAGUGCAUGACAUGUUGGGUUUACCAAAUAUAGGGGAAGAAUUGUUGAGCAUGAUUAACGAGAAAGAUAAUUAA